GGUGUUAGAUUUUAUUCAGAUGUUCCUGAAUUAACAAAAGAUGUGAUACAAGAACGUAUAUAUGAAAUUUUAGAAAAUUUUGAUAAAGUUUCAGCAAAUUCCAAGAUUGAAAAUUCAUCAAGUUUAACAAAAGAUUUAGGGUUAGAUUCAUUAGAUCUUGUUGAUAUUAUUAUGGCAUUAGAAGAGGAAUUUUGUAUUGAAAUCCCAGAAAAGGAUCAAUCUCAAUUUAAAACUGUUGGUGAUGCUAUUGAAUAUAUUGCAAACACUCCAGAUGCU